AGCGCAGAAGUUGAUAUUCUAACAAUAGUACAGAAGACUAUUAAAGUACUAUAGUAGUUGCGGUUUUUCAGCUACCUGUCACAUUAUACAAAUAGACUUGAUAAUUCAACCUAACAUUAAUGUACUCGAUCAACACGUAUCACAACAACAUAUAUAUUUGUUGAACACAUUUAUUUUCCCCAGUUAUUUACCAUUUACUGUCAUCAUCUCCAUAAAGUCUAAGUCACUCGCACUACAUUGAAAGCACUUCACUUCUUCAAAAUGGGCGUUAUCAGUGAAGCCGGAAACAUGAAGGAAUUCCUCCAGAAAUUCGCAGAGGAGAACCCGGACGAGUGCCCGUCAUUGACGGACUGCGAGGAGGUGCACAUCACCGAGGAAAAGUUCCCUGAUAACAAGCUCACUGCCGCGGAUGGCUGGGAUGUGCUCGUCGAGACGUGCCCAAACAUCAAGGCGAUCGCCAUCACUAUGUGCGAUUUGGAAGAAAUCGAAGCGCCACGAGCAAGCCUGGCGGAAGUUGAGGUACACUUAGACAUGAUAAAGAGUGCCUUCUACCAAGUUCGUCGUGCAAAUCAGUUUCGUGGUUUCGAAUCAUGAGUCAAUUAAGAAAUAAUGAAUACCAAGAAUACUCACUCUUCAGUAUGAUCCAGUAUUCCAUAUCUUUCAACAUCAUUUCAAUAUCAAAGGUGAUCGACAUCAGCGGCAAUAGUAUGAAGAACUUGGAUUUUUUGGAGAAAUUUCCGGAUCUGAUCUCUAUGACUUUUGCGGAGUGCAAAAAUUUGACUACUCUCGCAGACAUCGAGAAGGGCAUGAAAGCACUUUCUUCCUUGAAAGUUGUCGACUUCAGCGAGGAAAACCUCUUUGGCCAGGCGAGCGUAGAAGAGUGCAGGCAGAAGUUCUUCGAGGUACAGGACUUUUCGUUUUGUACUACUACAACUAGUUGUAGUUCUCCUAUCUAAUGCCAAUUAGACUUAACUAGACUAUCUUGGACUUGUUCUUCGUAGUAGUUGAAUUUUCGACCUCUUCACUCAUUUUGUAGCUUUUGAUCUGCUGGGUGGCUCAGUGUCCCGCUUCCCCCCGCUGAUGUUAUCUAUCAUCAGAAAUUACCUAUCGUUACCAUUACCGAGCCUGUAUGCUCAAACGCAUUUGUUUUAAUCACGACUACAUCUACAGAUGUGCCCUUCCCUGAUUGCGGUGAAUGGGUUUGACUCAAGUGACAAGCCUGUAGAUGACGAUCUUGAGGAAGAGGACCUUGAGAAUCUCAUGAUGAGCAUGGAAGAGGAAGAGGGCGACCUCGAUUCCGACGAGGAAAGCGCUGACCCGGACGGCGAGGAAGGCUCCCCAGACGGCGAGGAAGGAUCCCCGGACGCAGGGGAAGACGGAGAAGAGGAGCCAGCUGCCAAGAGGACGAAAACCGAAUAAGAAAUAAUAUUGUUAAUAGAAGUUCUUGUACUAGGAGAUGAAAUACUUCUUCUGGUUCUGGUUCAUGAUCUUCAAUAUUUUUACACCAACCUCAUAAAGAAUGGGGAAGUUUCUUUUUACGUCGCUCAUUGCUCAGAGGAUGUGAUCACGUAGCUCAUUGUAGCAAAAGCUAUCCGCGCUCAUUAAGAAUCAACAUCACAUUAACAAUAACUACUCACGAGUACUACAACAACAAUUUAUUGAUGUGGGGAGAAGCACCCACAACAAGAACCUAAACUUAUUUUAGUCAACCUCAACAUCAAGGAUAUUUGUAUGUUUUCGCACACUUAAUGAGAAGCCGCUGGCUGUCCCGAACUGUUCAAACUGCGGGAGUCGGGCAACAACUGCGCUAAAAGAUAAUGCAACUUUGCAACUUGACAGAUUUUUUAUAUCCGACAAGAUCAAGACGAAGACCAUUUCAGCAAAAAAUUGGUUUGAUGAUGCAUGUUGCACAAGCACAAAUGAAGAAGAACAAAUCAAGAAGUCAAUGGCAAACCCAGUCUCAAUGUCUGGGGAUGAAGUGGAUGCUCUUAUUGUAGUUGGUUUAUCGCUAGAAGAAGGAGAUGAACUUGCUUGAGCCCUUUCUCUAAGAUAAAUCUAAAGUAGAGGAC